CUUCAAAUGGGUAUUCUCAUUCCACUCGUCUCGGUUUCCGCCUUCUGGGCUAUCAUUGGAUUCGGAGGACCAUGGAUUGUACCAAAGGGACCAAACAGAGGAAUCAUCCAAUUGAUGAUUAUUAUGACUGCUGUUUGCUGCUGGAUGUUCUGGAUCAUGGUGUUCCUUCAUCAAUUGAACCCACUGAUCGGCCCACAAAUCAAUGUAAAAACAAUUCGCUGGAUUUCUGAAAAAUGGGGAGACGCACCAAACGUAAUCAACAACUAGACCGCUGAUUUUUUCUCCUGAAAAAUGUUUCAUCUGAUUCGCCCCUUUUAUUUCUCUCCCACUAUUUUCAUGUGAUAUUCGUUUCCUUCCUCCUCUUGAACUUUCACGAAAGCGUGAAAUUAAUCAUAAAAUCUUGAAUUUUUAGUCGCCAACAGACAUUCCUCACGCUCUCUCCCUGUUUUUCCAGCUCCUUUCUCUUACAUUUUUACACUCUUUAAAUAACUGAAAUUGUACAGAUCAGAAGUCAAAUAUAGCAACAUUGUUUAUCAAUUAUAAAAAGUUUAACU